GAUUCAAGAUGAAAAUUCUGAAGAGCUUAAUAAAACUGCACAAACGGAAAAGUGGCAGAACCCGCUGGACAGUUCUGGAGAAAGAAUCUGUCUGGAAUCUCUGGUGGAUCAUGCAAGGAUAAACUGGGCCUUUAUUCAGGAAGUUCCUGACAGACGUCUUGCAGGAAAUGGCUUGACAUACAUUCCUAAGGGAGCAUUUGCUGGCCUUUUCAGUCUUAAAGUGCUGAUGCUGCAGAAUAACCAACUACGCCAGGUUCCUACUGAAGCACUCCAGAACUUGCGCAGUCUACAGUCUCUACGUCUGGAUGCCAACCACAUCAACUAUGUGCCCCCCAACUGCUUCAAUGGCUUGGUCUCCCUUAGACACCUCUGGCUCGAUGAUAAUUCUUUGACAGAAAUUCCCGUCCAAGCUUUUAGAAGUCUACCAGCACUUCAGGCAAUGACAUUGGCACUGAAUAAAAUUCAUUACAUACCAGACUAUGCUUUUGGAAACCUCUCUAGUUUGGUAGUUCUACAUCUCCAUAACAAUAGAAUCUACUCCCUGGGAAAGAAAUGCUUUGAUGGGCUCCACAGCCUAGAGACUUUGUGA